ACACAAUGUCUGAACAAAAGCCUGUUCUUUAUGGUUACUUUAGAUCCUCUGCUUCUUAUAGAGUUAGAAUUGUCCUUGAGAUAAAGGGGAUCGAAUAUGACCAGAAGAUUGUCAACUUGCUCAAAAAGGAACAACUCUCUGAAGAAUACAAAAAAGUAGUUCCUACUCAAAAGGUGCCUGCUUUCGUUACUAAAGAAGGCAGAUUAAUUCUUCAAAGUCAAGCUAUCGUUGAUUAUCUUGAUGACGUUUACCCAGGACCAUCUUUAUAUCCCAAGGAUCCUCUUGACCGUGCUUAUGUUCGCGAAAUUUGUCAAAUUAUUGCAUGUGACAUCCAUCCUCUUCAAAAUCUGGGUGUCUUGCAACGUGUUGCCCCAGACAACCAAGAAGAACAAAAUGCAUUUGCCAGAGAGAUGAUCACAAAAGCAUUCCAUGGUCUCGAAGCACGUCUUGCUAAGGUUGCUAGUAAAUACUCUUUUGGUGAUACCUUGACGAUGGCCGAUGUCUUUGUUGUUCCCAUGGUAUAUAAUGCUAUGCGACGUGACGUUGAUAUGUCUCAAUUCCCCAUCUUGUCUCGAUUGUAUGAUACCGUAUCUGCCUUGCCCGAGUUCAAACGGGCCAGUCCUCCUGCUCAGCCUGAUUGUCCUCCUGAAUUAAAGCAAUAAAAAGUAAGGUGACACACCAUGACCCAGCCCUUAUUCAAAUCGAAUUUUAUGCAACCUG